AGAGAGUGAGAGAGAGAGAGGGAUAGUUGUCCGUGCGAGGCAGCCCGUCACACUGCUGUAGUGAGGGGAGAACGUGCACACGCUGCAGCCGAGCCAAAACAAGACGACUAGAGACGGAAUUCAGGACGCAGAUGCCCUCCCCUCCUCCUCCUCCUCCCUCUCCUCCUCCCCCUCCUCCUUCCCUCCUCCCUCUCCUCCUCCCUCUCUUCCUCCUCCUCGGGAGCACAGAGAGGAGUUUGCAGAACGCACCUUUCCGAAACACUUCUCAUGCUGCAGCCCUGCGAUGCUGAGACAGGGGUGGUGACGGGCUGGUCAGAGGAGUUGACCUCAUCACUGGUGGAAUCUAAAACACAGGAAGAGUCAGCCCUCCCGUAUUCCUGAUCCGGGACCAGGACGAAGUGGAGGGGGGAGCCGGAGGUGUUGGAGUGCAAACGUGCGUGUGCUUUGGGGAUGAUGGACAGGACGUCUUGUGUUGUAGCAGCAAUGAACCACUGAGACGUUGCGUUGAACUGAGGGGAGUCUUCUUCUUCAUCUUCUUCUUCAUCUUCUUUGUCCGUACCUGAGAAUGGGGAGGCGAGCGACGGACCUCGCCACGCCGGUUCCGGUUCUGGGCGUUCCCGCCCUGGUCGGACUCCGCGGCUACAAGACCGCCGGGCCUCCGCCGCUGCCGUCGUUGUCAUGGACACAGCAGUGCAGCAUCGGCGUCCAGACAUCUCCGGGCGUCGGGAAGCUGCCCCUUCUUCAUCCCUGCGCCAGACAACCGGUAAACAUCGUCUUCACCCCGUCGGGGAACUACGGGACCCACGCCUUGGAGAGCUUCGUGGCCAAGGAACUCAAAGAGGAAGGGGUCCUACAACCAGCGCAGAGUGACAGGCUCCAAGGGCUGGCAUCCAAACAGAGGUGUGUGGAAGCCAAGACCCGAAAGGAAGUGACUUUCCAAGAGGUGCCCGCAGGGACCAGCGAGCACCGGGAAGGAAGCCAGGCCAACAAUAAGACCGACUGCUGCUACGCACGGGCAAUCAAGACCAACCCACACCUGGCAGGGAGCCUCCCAAGGGGUGGGCCCAAACCCAAGCUUAACCUCCGCUACACAAAUGGCAGUGUGGUCGACUCGGCCGCCAUCGGAGGGAUCAGCGUCGAGGGUGCGGACGCACGGCCUGUGAAGGACGGCGCUGCUCUCUGUCGGGACCAGGUGCACCCUGGGGGAGGACACUGCGGGGAGCAGGCCGGUGAGGGUGCCUCCGCCACGGCCGUGCAACCCUUCAGAACGCCCCCAAAGAUAUGCAACCAAUGUGGCGGGAAACAGGCGCUGUUGCCCUGCGGCCCGGAUAUUAUGGAGUGGCAGAAAGCUACCGGCUCAUGCCCUGAGGGGAAACCAUUGAAUCCAGGGACAAUCCCAUCUCCAUCCACUGCCACCGCCACCAACACCACCACUGCUACCGACAUGGGGAAGCUCAGAGACCUCCAGGUAGGCCAUUCUCAGCAGCCCCCCGGCAGGACCCCCUGCCUGGCAGGCAGACUCCCGCCUCUAUCCCCCAACGUGCCACAUCCAUCAUGUCCCAUGCACUCUGUUCCCGCCAUCCCCCAGUGCCAUUCAGUCGCGCCAUUACCUCCUCAAACCCCGACCCAAAUCCCCGCCGCCCUUCACACUAAAGCACUGACUGUCACCGAAGCCGUAAUUGAAACCAGACAACACAACGCCACCGGCGAUUCCCUAGAGAUCCAACCGCACGCCAAUAAACCGUCGCUCCCCGCGUGUCUGUCGUCGCCGCCACAGUUUGCCAUCGCCACCAAAUCAAACAUCCCGUACGGAUGUUCUUAUCGUAAACGGACUGAAACGUCAAAUUGCAUCACAGCGCGGAACAACGUGGCAGACGACGGCGCCGCACACAUCGCUCCCAGCCACACAAAACUCCCCGCCGCUGUUCUGGAAAGUACUAGAUCAAACACGCCCACUCCCCCUGGGCCUGAAAACACAUCGAACACAAUCAAAUCGACAUCGACAAACACACUACAUACAGACUUUAAAAUCCAUAUGUAUACCGUGGGUUUGAAAGGCCCCAACACAGUCAAUGACUCGAUUACUGUGAAAAACAAGAACAUGAAAAACAAAGAGAGCCCUGACUCCUCAAGAUCCACAAAGCCAAUGAAUUCAGCCAAGCUACCGAAAGCUUCUCUGGAAAUGGUAAUGAACACUAAGAAUAAUGCCAAGACUGCAAUGCGUCCACAGACUUUCCCUGGCAGUAUUUUACAUCUUUCUACCACACAAGUAAUGGAUACUCUGUCAUCGUACAAGCAGAAUAAUACCGCUUUCCCAGGUGGCACACAUGUGCACAUACAAACCCCGACUCACACAGUGUCACAUACCACUACCAUCGCAAAGACUACGACAGACCUUGUAGCUGCUACAAACCCCUUCAAACGUGUUGGUACACCACUUGAAGCCAAUCCAUCAGACACCAAAACCGCCCAUACCCCAAAGCCUACGAGCAGCCACUCCAGCGCCGACCUCAUUCGGUGUCUGAGCCUCAAACCUCCCCCUAUAACCCCUGAAUCACAGAUUAUUGCAACCUCAGACAGCAAGGCUGUCUCCCCUAGCGUGCCGUCUACAAUCAUCCCUCUCCAUGAGGAGGGCUCAUCGAGCGCAGCAAACCACGCCGCGUCGCCAGAACUGAUUGAAAAUCCCAGAAGUGGCCAUCAAUCACGCGAUGUUUCACCGCAUACGUCGAGCAACGGAGCGCACCUCACCUACAUCCUCAACCUUAACCGUCCAUCACACACAAACAGAUCCCUUCCAACGCAAACUUUGCCAGACCCCCAAACUCAUUCUCAUAAUGGCCCUGCUCUAGAGAAGGCUGUGGUUAUUCAUCAUAGUUCACCGACCUUAGCGUCCCAAGGCCUCCGGGGGCCAGCAGUGCAGCUGUCAGAGCCACUUACUUUAUCAGACAGAAUGCAUUUGGCUGGAGAGCUACCAAAUUCAUCACAUGCGCCUGAAACGAAGGCACAACAUUUGCAUCGAUUUCCUGCUAAUUUGCUAAAAAAUAUGGCAACCUUAACAGUAUCUGAUCAGUGCAUGAGCAAUCACACAUACACAGUUAAUACAAUCCAGCGCGAUACACAGGUUAAUUCAUUAAUCCAGUCCUGUUUUGACCCAAACAAAGACAACUAUAAAUGCAUAGAUAUCCCAGAAAAGCGGAACUCAAAGCCACAUCAAAACUCAAUCUUCCUAAAAGUCACUCAUCAUCUCAAUUAUAUUUCACGACUAAAGCCACAGGGCCAAGUUAAACAACAGCUCCUACAGCUUCAAGGGUGCACAGACACAGUCAAUAAGGUCCGGACGGCGCCGCAGACGCCAGUCAGGGAGACCGAGGAGACCCAGAGUCCAGUGGCGGCGGUACCGCGCCUCGCGGCCCCCCCUGCACCUGACGACCCUGAGGCUGGCACGGGGGACAGCGACGAGCGUUCUCUCUGCUCCACGUCACCCGUCAGGACCCCGACCAACCUCCGCCGCAGCCCCGCCCCGGCGGCGGACGCCACCGCCGACUCCUCCUUCGAAGAGUCGACCGGCGAGUCGUCCAGACGGCGGACCUCCGCCUCGGACACGCCGUCGUCCCCGCUGACAUGGCCCCACAGCUCCCCCGGCUCUGUCCCGUCACAGAGCGCCCUGGACGCCGGCGAGAGGGAGCUCUGCCCGCACUCGCCCACCACGCCCUCCUGCGGCGUCCGACUGCAGCGGCCGUGGACCAACCUGACCGCCCUCGCUCACCUGCGCUCCCGUGUCCGAGCGUGCCCGGGCGCCGGUCGUACCCUGGUCCCCCGCGGCCCGGAGGCGGCCCCGGCCCCGGCCCACGCCCACCCGCCGGACGCCGAGCUGCGGCUGCUGCCCCCCUCGCCCCGCUGCUCCAAGACGGCGGCGCUGCAGUGGAGGCUGGAGACGGUGGAGGCCAGCCUGGAGGCCAACCGGAGCCGCAUCUCCUCCCUGCUCCACAUCAUCCAGGACCUGGAGCACAGCCAGGUGUCCAUCGCCGGCUGCUGGUGCUUCAGGACGGGCCAGGACCUCCAGAACUGCUCCAUCUGCCAGAGGACGGCCUGUGUGGUUUACAGGUGAGACCAGGAUCCACGAGGAACCACGAGGAACCAUGAGGAUCCAUGAGGAACCACGAGGAACCAUGAGUAGCGAUGAUCAGCAC